AUGGCAUACUUGAGGAGCUCAGUGGACGUCUCGGGCGUGUUCAGCGUCUCGCCGAGUGGAGGCACGUCUGCAACAGUGACAAACCAAGUGCUUGGCGGUGGUCCCCGGCAAGCGUUGACCGUGCCCUUUGUUCCGCCGUUGUCGUCGUCGGACGAAGGUGCGGAAUUGGCAACGCAAAAUGGGGUGGCGGCAGGUGUGCCAGCUGUGUGGGAGGGCGAGCUGGUGUUCCCAGCGGAUCUGGCGGUGGUGUUUGGCGGCGAGUCGUUGGCGGCGAGGAUGUUGGCCGCGCCAGCGCACUUGCGAAAGGAGAGUGAUCGGACGCUGAUGGAUAGGGUGGCGCCGCGGCUCAAGUUUGUGUUUGUGGCGGCCGAUGAGGUGUGGAACACGACGCCGAAUGCGAGCCAUACGGAGUUUUCGAGUGUGUUUGAGCUCGUGAGCCUCUGCUCAUCGGAUGGGCAUGGGCCCGAGACGGUGUUUGGUCAACUGUUGGCAUUUGUGGCGGGGAAUCCCGAGUACCGGCUAGUCAUCUUCCAUCGGCGGCUGUACCUCUUUGCCGCCGAGGACCGCCUCUUUGCAGGCAGCGUGAUGUGCGAGACGUCGGUGAAGUUGGUCUCGCCGUCUGAGGUCGCGCAUAGUACGCAGGCACACACGCCAUCGACGCCGUCCGAGCUUCCACACCCGCUACUGGAUUGCUCGACGAGCCUCUUUCCCAGUGGAUGGGAUUUUGAUCCCAUCCACAAGCUCCAGCCUGAGGCCGCAGCGCCUGCAGUGACCCCCGCAAGCCCGUCGCGGAAGCGACGGCGCGCGCCGUCGGCGUCGGACGCGUUGCCCCGUCGCAAGCGGUUCAAAAAGGCGCAGCUGAAACUUCUCCGCAAUGCGCGCUCGAUGCUUCCUUCAAAGACCCGAUAUCCCGGAAAGCCAGACUUGGACGACCUCGUGAGUCGCGUCGCAUCUGUCGGCGAUGAGUGCGAUAGGAACGACUUGACCAGGCUGAAGUUGCGAGUGCGGAAAUGGUUCUCGAACCAGCUGUAUCGCAAGUCGUCGCGUUCGACACAAUCGUAA